UUGAGUCUGGGGCUGCACGCGGCGCCGGCUGAGGACGAGCCCAGAGGCAUCCUAGCCAAUGGCGGUUGUUGCUGAUUAGAACUCAUCGAUGAUUGGAUAUCAAAGGAAACCACGCCAGGAAAGAAGCGUUGUGAUUGGCUAAUGUCAUCCUUAGGUCACCAACUUCAUCCAACUUUAUCCCCGUGUUGAUCGUCCUGUGCAUGAACUGUGUGUAGUAUAACUGCGAAACGUGCAUCAAGAAAGGGAAGUGACGUUGUUUCGGUAACUAGCAUCUACGCUUUAUGUGCUCUUUCAGUUCACCGAAGCGUGCACUGAAAUCCGGAGGGUUGCGUUCUGAGAAUUUUCCCUUCAAAAAUCAACUGUCACUGCUUUAAUUACCGUUUACGUCAGCACCGGGCUCACAAUUGAAGUACCAUUUUCUGAGAGUACUUACCCGUAGAACUGCUUUUAGCUGCACCAAAGGAAGGGGCCGCAAGAGCGCUGUUUGUUCCCGAGCCUCCAUACUGAAGUAUCCUUUUGGAUGUAGAGAGAGUAUAUCGUCGCACGCGCAUUGCAUCGCGAAGUCAUCAUCGGGGUUCCUGACUGCUUGCCGUUACCCUGACAUCAGCUCAUAGUCUCUUUGUAGCAAAGAGUGUUCAGGAUAAUGUAGCCUGCCAAAGGGACAUCGUUGCGCGUUGAUUUUCGUGCAACUACAUCUCCUGCAUCGGAAAUCUUAAUUGGAUGUGAGAACUCGGAAAUGACCAUUAACUCCAUCCAUUUUCAAGAGUAGCACCGUCGCAAUGGAUACCAAUUCCACCAGUGACUAUGGCUAUGGGAGCAGUGACGAUUACCUGGCUUCGAUCUUCGAACUUUUUAAAGAAAAAGUGUACCCACGCCCUUACGAAUACUUGAUCAUUGUCAUCUAUGGCUUGGUCUUUCUGCUGGCCAUCAUUGGCAACACGCUGGUGUGCAUCGCCGUUCUGCGCAACGAGCACAUGCGGACGGUUACCAACUACUACAUAGUGAAUCUAGCCGUGGCCGACAUCUUGGUUUCGCUGGUAUGUCUCCCCAUAACGGUGGUGGUGGAUAUCUCGGAGUCCUGGUUCUUUGGGGAUGUGAUGUGCUCCGUCAUCCCUUACAUACAGAACACCUCAGUGUGUGUGUCCAUCUUCACGCUCACCAUGAUCGCGGUGGACCGCUAUCUGGCUAUCUGCCGCCCUCUCAAGUUCCAGAUCUCCUCCAAGCGGACCGUGAUCACGGUCAUCGUCAUCUGGGUCCUAUCCCUGUUCACGAUGCUACCCAACUCGCUCAGUAUGGUCACCCGGUCAGAGCCUAUCAUGGAGACCUUCGGGAAGCCGCUCUGGCUGACCAAAUGCAGUGAUUUCAAAUGGGAGGAUUCUCCGUGGAGGGCAGUGUACGCUGUAGUGACGCUUCUUUUCACCUACCUACUUCCAUUGUGUGUUGUUGGAGUUGCUUAUUGUAUGGUGUGUCUACGGCUUUGGUCUGGUAUCCCGUCCGACGAGACAAGUCACAAGUCCAGCAACAACAAUGCUCAAGGCAACGGCAAGAGCAAGCGCGCCCCCCGCAGCAUGAACAAGAGCACCGAAGCACAGCUGCAAUCUCGCCGAAAGGUGGCGCGCAUGCUGAUUGUCGUUGUGGUCCUGUUUGCUGUUUGCUACCUUCCUAUACGUGUCCUGAACGUUUUGCAAGCUUUUGGAGUGUUUGGUUUGGACAACAUUGACAUGAUGCGGCAUGGAGAAAAGGUCACUGUCGCUUAUCUGAUAGCGCACAUUAUGGCGUUCUUCAACAGCGCUAUCAACCCUGUCAUAUACAACUUCAUGAGCGCCAAGUUUCGUCAGGCUUUCAAGAUGGCGUUCAGCUGUUGCCUGCCCGCGUCCCAACGCCAGUCUCGCAACGCUGGGCGCUACGGAUACAAAUGCCAGUCUUUCAUUCACAGCACGGCUGUGUCAGAUACUCGCAUGAGCAACACCAACACGGAGUGUAUCUCCAUGACCAACAGGCCCAACUCCAUGCACAUCCCGGAUGCUUGAGAAUGCGUUGCGAAGUUAGCACAAGUCGUAAAAAGUCAUAAACAGUCAUAACGGGUCAGUCACAAGGAGCGCUCUAGUCGAGUCUAUCAAAGUCCAUUACAAGUCAUCCAGUCCCAAGCUCAGCCAUGAAGCUAUUCAAAUGAACUGUGAUAAAAGCAUUCCUUUUGUUAUUGUUCACCCAUUGGCACUUGUGAAUGGACUUGUGAAUGGACUUGUGAUUUACUCAACUACAAACACCAAUACCAAGCCAUCAAAAGUCAUCCUAAAAGUCGACCGGUCGCAGGUCAAAUGACGACCAAUUGAAGGAACAGCGAUAAGUGAAUUCUUGAUACAUUGUUCAUUUGCUGUUAAUUGUAAACUGGCUAGCAAAUGGCUUAAUGCGUUUGACAAUGUGACCGACUUAACUGACAUGCUAAAAAUGAGGCUUUAUAGAAGACACAACAUUGAAAGACAUAUGUCUUCACUCCUAUACGCAGCAUGUCAAUGCUUAAGUGAGCCGUUUACACACGCUUCCUUGGAGGGAAAUUACAUUAUAAUAGAAUGAACGUUACGUGUGAAAAAUGUACUUCAACAUGACAGUAUGCAAAUGCCAAUGCUUAAGUGAGCCAUUUAUACACGCUUCCUUGGAGGGAAAUAACCUUAUAAUUGAGUGAACGUUACGUGUGAAAAAUGUACUUCAACAUGACCAAAAAUCAAGUGAUAAAUAUUCGAUCAAUAACAACUAAACACUCUCGAUAGAUCUGCAAAGUAAAUAUGUUUCACAAUCAGCUUACCCCUCUCACCUUUUUAGCUUAUGGACAUUCAGACACGCAUUUUUUACAUCACGUUCACGGCAAUUCGUACCAAAAAAAACUUGCAAAGUUUUCUUUACUUCUGCAAAACUUUCUUUUGAUUUGAUCCAAGCAGAUAUGUUUCUGAAGCAUAAUAUGUCUUUCGGUCUUUCGUAAUCGAUUAUUUUGUAAUAGCAAAAGCCACAUACCAUUAAUUUGCAUAUGUGUUAUGAAUUAUAAGAAUCUACAAGUGUAAAUGUAUUAGUCAAAAGCACCUAGUUCUAAUGCCUUCUUUUCUGCACAAUUUAGCUAAAAUGUUUACAAGAACAUGAUGAAUGAAUGUGGAUUUGUAUCACAAAUGCGUUACUGGUAGAGUAACUGUACCAAAAUAAGAUUAUUGAGGGAUAUGAGUUUUGUUCUAACCAAGUAAGUAAUGAUUCGUAAGAUGUAGACUUACCUUUGUGUUAGAAAGUCUGAAAAGAAUUUUGGUCUGUGAAUAGUUAGAGUAGAAUUGAUACAGUCCUCAUCUUUAUUUAGUCUCACAAAUACAUGUAGUCGUUAUAAGUAAAUACAACUUUACCCUGAGUUUGUACUUGUAUAGGCGCAUGCAAAGAGGUUAAGGACUUUUAAAAAGUAACUCUUAAACUAAAUGGGCUGUUUGUAAUGUGCAAAAACACGUCAUACAAUAGUCCAUAAGUCGUCUACUUUGCAGUACCAGCUCACUGUUUAAUUACAAUGUAUAAGUGAAUCCCUAUAGUAUGAUAAUCGACUUAAGAAAAGUUGAAAAUCACAUUUUGACAGAAUUGUGUAGUAGCACGCGUACAACUUUGUAAACAAAAGUGUGUCAAAGGUUACUUAUAUUAACACACACUGGUUAUGUACCAUUUUUCAUUCCGAGAGGCUGAAUGUAAUAAGUAUUUCAAACGAUACUUCAUACACUUCCGUACUUACUGUCCCUUCGUAAUCCUUGUAAAUCCUUGUACAAAAUGCUUUAGAUAACUUUGCAACUUGUGUGAGUUUAAUUGAUAAAUAUAUUUUGUCACAAAUUUAUGUACAUAUUUCGGCACAAACUAGAUAUAUUUAUCUUAAAAAAAGGAUGUAUUGGAGAUUGUGACUUGUAGAACGUGUAGAAGGUGUAGAAAUACGGUGAUGAUUUGUAAAUUGGCCAUAUUUUUGAGCGAAUGUGAGAAAACAUCCCUUUUAUUAAAGCAGUUUAUAGUAACUUCAACAGGAUUGUAAAAAUGUAACUUUUGAGCUGUGACAAUAUGUAAACUUACGUCAAUAACCUUGGGUUCACAUCUAUUUAUAGCCCCAAAAUGGCGUCGUUACAGCGCCCUCAUUCGUUGAAGAGCUAGGCCCAUUCCCGAAGGGGCAUUUACGGAAUAGAGGUUGAAAGGGGGCAGUGUAUCGUACCGAGAACCCGUUUGUUGUGUGGAAAGAUUUGCUGUUUUCCACGUCCAUUACGAGUUGGGUUGGGAAACUGGGUAAUGUCUUCUGAGCGUAUUUUGACAUUGAACCCGACCCCGUUUUCUGUGUCAUACGAUAGAGUAGGACACUAAAUGGGGUCUCUCUAUACUCACGUCUCUUGCUCUCACAUUCUCACUUAAUUUUCUGUCCCAUUUACGAGGACUUGAAAUUCAAUUCAAAAUUCCACAGCGAUUUUUUUUUUCUGUUUCUUUUCAUGAGACAUUUGCCGCUUACGGGUCAUAUUGCUGUGAGAUUAUGUGUAUAUUUAAAGGUCCAAGAUGUACGAUUCACCCAAAAAAAUGCAUAAAAAUGUUGACACUUUUGCAACUUAGGAAAACCGUUUAUAAGUUUAGAACUGAAGUGUGAGAUAUUGGGUUAAAAUUGUUAAGCCCUAAAAGUCUGGGUUUUGAGUGAAUUCCCUGGACAAAGAUGGCCUUGUUACAUAGAUAACAGAGGAGAAAAUGUAUAUUGUUUCGGAAAUUAAAGAUUACAAUUUUAUGCCAUGAGGUUUGUGAUAUUGAAAAUUGCUUCGAAACUAUAUUGAAUUGGAAUUUCAUAUUUGGUAUCAUUGAAAUUUAUUUUGUUGUGUUAUAUUAUUAAAGUUAGGGUUGUUAACUUAACAGAAAGUAUCAGGAAUGAAAAUCAGGAAUGAAUUUCGGAAUUUCACUCGGUUCCUUGUUAGUCAUUAUUUUAAGUUAUCGUAAGUUUCAAGGUUCAAGCUGGACAUUUGGAUACCAUUUUUACAAUAUUUGUUUUGUACGCUUUAAUACUUAUACCGGAUAUGAUUUGAGUUAACUGCGGAAGAUGUUUUUUUUAAUUAUGUGGAAAUGGUAAACCUGUACAGGAUAUUUUGUUCUUCCUUUGUUGUUAAUCAAUAAAUGCACAGCGUUAGAAUUAAA